AUCUGAAAUACUGUUUGUUUUUCAGGAUGUUCAACAUGUUGCAGACCCUUACAAGUGGCUGAAGGGGAAAGGAAAAAGUGCCAUCAAUUACUGUACCAACAUGGGAAAUACAACCACCAAAUUCCGCAAAGCACUUAUAAAUGGAGAUGAAAAUCUGGCCUGCCAAAUAUAUGAGAGCAAUCCUCAAUUAAAAGAAACUCUUGAUCCAAAUACUUCUUAUGGGGAAACUUAUCAGCACAAUACUCCAUUACAUUAUGCUGCUAGGCAUGGAAUGAGCCGAAUAUUAGGGACUUUUCUUUUUGUUCGAGAUGGAAACCCCAAUAAACGAAAUGUGCACAAUGAGACGUCUAUGCACUUACUGUGUAUGGGACCUCAAAUUAUGAUAUCCGAAGGGGCACUCCAUCCUCGCUUGACACGACCCUCAGAAGAUGACUUCAGAAGAGCAGAUUGUCUGCAGAUGAUCCUAAAAUGGAAAGGAGCAAAGCUUGAUGAAGGAGAAUAUGAAAGAGCAGGCAUUGAUGCUGUUGAUAACAAAAAAAAUACACCUUUGCACUAUGCUGCUGCCUCAGGGAUGAAAACCUGUGUAGAGCUUCUAGUAAAGCAUGGUGGAGAUUUGUUUGCGGAAAAUGAAAAUAAAGAUACUCCCUGUGACUGUGCAGAGAAGCAGCACCACAAAGAGUUGGCCCUGAACCUUGAAUCUCGAAUGGUAUUCUCACGAGAUCCUGAAGCUGAAAGCAUUGAAGCUGAAUAUGCUGCUUUAGACAAAAGAGAGCCAUAUGAGGGACUAAGACUUCAGGAUUUGCGAAGGCUAAAGGAUAUGCUGAUUGUAGAAUCUGCUGACAUGCUUCAAGCCCCACUGUUUACUGCAGAAGCUCUACUUCGGGCACAUGACUGGGACAGGGAGAAAUUACUUGAAGCAUGGAUGUCUAAUCCAGAGAACUGCUGCCAACGUUCAGGUGUUCAAAUGCCAACUCCACCUCCAAGCGGGUAUAAUGCCUGGGACACGCUCCCUUCUCCACGAACUCCCCGCACUACUCGCUCUUCUUUGACCUCCCCUGAUGAAAUCAGCCUGUCACCGGGAGAUAUUGAGACAACUCUGUGUGACAUUUGUAUGUGUAAUAUUUCUAUAUUUGAAGACCCAGUGGAUAUGCCUUGUGGACAUGACUUUUGCAGAUCAUGCUGGGAGGCGUUUUUGAAUUUAAAAAUUCAGGAGGGUGAAGCUCACAACAUUUUUUGCCCAGCAUAUGAUUGCUUCCAGCUUGUGCCUGUAGAGAUCAUAGAAAGUGUGGUUUCCAAGGAGAUGGAUAAACGUUACCUACAGUUUGACAUUAAGGCAUUUGUUGAAAAUAAUCCUGCCAUUAAAUGGUGUCCUAUAGCAGGCUGUGAAAGAGCCGUCAGGCUUACAAGACAGGGGUCAAAUACAACAGGUUCAGAUACACUUAGCUUCCCUAUGCUAAAAUCACCUGCUGUGGAUUGUGGAAAAGGACAUCUUUUCUGCUGGGAAUGUCUUGGUGAAGCGCAUGAACCUUGUGACUGCCAAACCUGGAAGGACUGGCUGCAGAAGAUCUCUGAAAUGAAACCUGAAGAGCUUGUGGGGGUUAGUGAGGCUUAUGAAGAUGCUGCCAACUGCCUGUGGUUGCUAACUAACUCCAAACCGUGUGCUAACUGCAAAUCUCCUAUUCAGAAGAAUGAGGGCUGCAACCACAUGCAGUGUGCUAAGUGCAAAUAUGAUUUUUGCUGGAUUUGCCUAGAAGAAUGGAAAAAACAUAGCUCGUCUACUGGAGGCUAUUACAGAUGUACUCGCUAUGAAGUUAUUCAGCAUGUAGAGGAACAAUCCAAGGAAAUGACGGUAGAGGCUGAGAAGAAACACAGAAGAUUUCAAGAGCUUGACAGGUUUAUGCACUAUUACACACGGUUUAAGAACCAUGAACUCAGCUAUCAGUUAGAACAGCGCCUUCUAAAAACAGCCAAAGAAAAGAUGGAGCAGCUGAGUAGAGCUCUCAGUGGAACUGAAGGAGGCUGUCCAGAUACCACUUUCAUUGAAGAUGCAGUACAAGAGCUUCUAAAAACUCGCCGUAUUCUCAAGUGUUCUUAUCCCUAUGGAUUCUUUUUGGAACCGAAAAGCACAAAGAAAGAGAUAUUUGAACUGAUGCAGACAGACUUAGAAAUGGUCACUGAAGACCUGGCACAGAAAGUAAACAGGCCUUACCUUCGUACUCCUCGUCAUAAAAUCAUCCGGGCAGCAUGUCUUGUGCAGCAAAAGAGGCAAGAGUUCUUGGCUUCUGUGGCCCGUGGAGUGGCUCCGGCUGACUCGCCAGAAGCUCCCAGGCGCAGCUUUGCUGGUGGCACAUGGGAUUGGGAAUAUUUAGGAUUUGCAUCACCUGAGGAAUAUGCUGAAUUUCAGUAUCGGAGAAGGCACAGACAGCGUCGCCGUGGAGACAUGCACAGUCUACUCAGUAAUACUCCAGACCCUGAUGACCCUAGUGAGAGUACACUAGAUACACAGGAAGGUGGCAGCAGCAGAAGACAUGGUACCUCCAUGGUGAGUUCAGCUUCUAUGGGUAUUCUGCACAGCUCUUCGCUUCAUGACUAUACCCCUGUCAGUCGCUCUGAAAACCAGGAUUCUCUUCAGGCUCUGAGUUCUUUGGAUGAAGAUGACCCAAACAUUCUGCUUGCUAUUCAGUUGUCAUUGCAAGAAUCUGGCCUGGCUAUUGACGAAGAAACAAGAGACUUCCUAAAUAACGAGGCAUCAUUAGGAGCAAUAGGUACCUCUUUGCCUACAAGACUGGACUCAGCUCCCAUAAAUAUAGAUAGCCCAAGAGCUGCUUUGAGCAGCUCAGGUCUGUUUGAACUUGGUGAUAAUCUGAUGAGACUAGGUGCGGGCAAUGAUCCAUUUUCAACUGAUCGCCUUACUUCACACCCUUGCAGCGAUACAAGAAAUGGAUUAUAUUCAACAUCUAGUGAUGCUGAUUCAAGUAGCCAAGACCCAAACACCAGUGAAAAUCUACUUGGAAAUAUUAUGGCCUGGUUCCAUGACAUGAACCCACAAAGUAUUGCCCUAAUUCCUUCAGCAAGUUCAGAAACCGAUGAGGAUUCACAGCAACCCAGUACAGAAGAUGGGUCAGGAGGGCAAUCAAAUCGUACAGGUGUAGGACUGGAGCCUCAGGAAGAGCAUGCACUUUUUGAGGAUGCGCUCAAAAAUGAAGGCAAAGGAACCCAAACAGAAGAGAGUACUUCUGAAGAAAACAUUAUUCCAGUUGAAACUGUACCACAAAGUGGUGACCGUACCAGGGAAGCAACUAGCCAUCUGGAUGUUUCAGAAGAUGUUUCAAGUCAGACUCCUCAAACCUCAAAUGAUUGGAUUGAACAUGUACAUUUGGUAUGAACACACAUUAGUUUUGGAGCUUAUAUGGAUAGCAGUACAAAUGGUACAGUGUGUGGAGUAAGCAUUAUGGAAGCUUCGAUCCACGUAAUUAUGGCUCAGUGAUAAACUGUUCACAUAACGAUGGAAUACAUAGGCGUUCCCUUGAAGUGUAGUUCCUCAUAUUAAUAAUUUGAACCUUUCAAGGAAUAUCCUUUGCAUUUAAUUAGGUAGCAUUUGCCUUUUUUGCUCUGAAGAAAAAGGAAUAAGUAGGCUUACUCCACAUUCCUAAUACAUUGCAGCAUCUGUUUAGCCUUAGGUUGGUGAUCCUUAACUUGAAAAUAUGGAUUAAAGGCUCACACUGAGUAGUUUGGUUGUUUAUCCUAAAACAUAGUUUACUCCAUUUUUAGAACUCAAUCUUUCAGCAAACUAAUAAUGGUUAGUAAUUCAUUUCCAUUUUUUGUUUCUCCAUAAUUUUUCCUAACUCGUCUUUCCUUUUUAUUAGCAGUGUGAAUUGAGGUAUUUAAUGCUUCUCUUUAGUGCUGCUCCAGAAACAAGAAUAUGGAUAUUUUUUUCACAUUUAAAAUCAAAGAUUUUUUCAUGUCUAUUUACAGUCUAAAUGUGCCAAACUGUGAAUAGCUAACUGUAACCCAAUAUAACAGUGCACAGUGUUCCUCUAUCAAAGUAAUCACAAUUCUUAGCAGUGAAAGAUACCACUGUGUUGCAUUGCUUCUCUAAAUUUAACUGGCAUUUAUUGCCAUGGUGACUGCAUUUACUUAAAUGUAGCCUGUACCUUAAGUUAAUUAAACCUAAUGCUGCUGUUAAACAGUUAUUUUAAAUAUUAAAAUACAGCUAAUUAGCAACAGCUAUGCUGUAUUUUAAGAGACACUUUAAUGGAAGUGCAAUCAUUGUUCUUUGUUUUCAUAAUUUUACAAAGCACUCUAUGCACUAGUAGUGCAAUUACUUUUAAUGGUAACAUUUUAUAAAAAUAUAGGAAUAUGAAAUUUUCAUUAUGUUAGCCAGUCCCACAACUAAAGUUCAAACACCAUAAUCUGUGCAACAUGCUACGGUGCCUUUGCCUAACCCAAAUGGAUAGUUGCCACAGUUAAAUAAGUAAUUCAAAUUCACUAUCUGUUCUGGAGUAACUAUGCUAUUAAUUGCAAAGACCUCCAUAAAACCACCCAUGGCCUUGCCUUUACAGUAAAUGACUAAAUGUUCAACCAUUGUUUUUGCAUAAACAAAACACUGCUAGAUAUCUGUUCAAUUGCACAAUAAUCAUUUGCUGUGUGAUUACUGUUUAGUGUAAGAAAAAAAAAUCUUCCUAGUUGUCGUACUGUGAAGAAAAUAUUGGUUUUAGACUUAUGUAAAAGCAUCAAAACUACAGUUAGUGGUGAGUGAGAUACAAUGGUACAGUAUGUAAUUACAACUAGAGUAAUGGAUGUUUUACUUGCAUAUAAUCAAAACCUGUCAUAACACAAGCAAAAUAUAUGCACUCCGUUUUAGUUUUGCUUGAGUAUUACCAGAGAUUUAUUGAUAUAAAAGUUUCUCACUGCGUGUGUAUAAGCAAGUAUCAUGAUGGCAAAGUUUAUAUAUUGAUUGCUGUGAGUUCAAGUGAGAGUUUUGAUAACUAUUUCAUGCAAAUCCUAUUUCUGAACUUUGCAAAUAGAGGGUUCAUUUUAGUAAGAUGUCAAAUAAGAAUAUUCAAUUUCCAAGCUCCACAAAAUGUAUUUCUUUUGGAAGUGUCUUUAGAGAGGAUGGCUUGAGGCUAUGUUCUCCUAUUCCAUUCCAUUUUUUCUAACUUCUCUAGCUGCCCCAUUCUCAACAUAAUCAUUGAAGCCUGCUCAUCUUUAGAAAACUUCUAUUUUAAACUGUUCUAGGAUAUAAGAAUCUACAAAAUGAAAUAGUUCUUUAGGAACUAGCAUCAUGAAAUGGUCUCCAAGUAGUUAACUUGUAGCGUCCUUGAAUUGUAAUUUCUAAAUAGAAAGAUUCUCACAAAGAUUCUGUGUAUUGCAUUGAGAUGUCUUGCAAAGCUACAGUAAGAAAUGUAAGAGUGCUCUCUGUGAAGAUAGUGAAGUUUGUGGGUUCUGGUUUUUUGUAAUUUGUUUAGGUUGUGCAGUAUAUCCAUUGUUUCUGUGUUACUCUUAUGAGCAUGAAAAUGAGCAUAUUCAAUUUGUAUUUUCUUGGUACUUAUUUUAACACCAUAGUCAUUGACUUUACAGUUCAAAAAUAAAGUUUGGCAAGACUAUUUUGUAAACCUGUUAAUUUUAUAAUAUAAAAAAUUACUCUAACCUUGAAUUGUUAUUUGCACUUUCAUAGUCUAUACUUGAUACAUUCCCACUUUAUAUACAGUAGGAUACUACAACCAUGUAGAUGUUUGGCCAAAUGAAUGCUGUUAAUAAUAUGUAAACUUCUUUGAUUAA